AUGUCAGCUGCUGAUGACAUUCAACUCAACGACUCAGAGUUAUCGAGUCUCGCGUAUUGGGACAACUUCUAUGCCCGAGAAAAAAAGGAGAUGAUGGACAACGACGAUUUUGUGGGAGAAAUAUGGUUUGAUGAAAAUGGAGCUGAAGAAAAGAUGGUAGACUUUUUGGUUGAAGAGCUCAAUGAAGAGCAAUUAUUCAACGAGAAAGAGCAAAUAAAGGUGCUUGAUAUCGGAACCGGGAACUGUCAUUUGCUAGUAAGCUUGGCAGACGCUCUCCACGAAGAAUAUGAAGGUACGGCCAAAUUUCUCCACACAGGUAUUGAUUACUCUCCAAACUCCAUUGAGUUCGCUCAGGCAAUAGUUGAUAGACAGUUUGAUCCUUCCAGUCCACUCAGAGAGAACCAUCAGUUUGAGUUUGAAAGAGUGGACUUAUUGCAGAAGCAAAGUGCUUAUUUGACCAAGAAUGCAAGUAGAUUCGACGUACUUCUUGACAAGGGUACUCUUGAUGCCAUAGCGUUGAGCCAACAACCCUUGGAAGACUUCGAUGGAAAGAAACCUAUGAACGUCUAUGCUGGCCAGGUGGUUCAGCUCAUGCACAAGGAUUCACUUUUGGUGAUCACCUCUUGCAACUUUACAGAAGCCGAGCUAAUUACGCUUAUCACCUCCGAGAAGUCGUUGUCAGUACACAAAAUCUUGAAGUAUCCCAAGUUUCAAUUCGGGGGUACUGAGGGUACAACCAUCACUACGGUGGCUUUCAAGAAAACCAAGUAG